UAGGUGCAUUCUAAUUAUAGUGUUUUGAUAUAAUGGAUAUAUUUUGUUGUUUUAUUAAACCCAAAGAGUUUUAUCUUUAAAAGAUUCUAAUUAAUACGCAAUUUCAACAAUUGCUAUUACGAGUAAUUGGGUCAGUUGGGUGUCUCCAGCUAUACUAAACGGCAGGGCAGGAUAACAUGUACCCAUAAUAGGAAUAACCGUGACCAAAGAAAAUGUUUGUGUUUGUGAUCUUCGUUUUCUGGUAUUUUACUGGUAUUCAUUGUUAUUCUAUUCAUGACGUUUACAGAUUGAAAGAUGAUCUCUUUAAGAAGUCUAAUUAUUCUGCAAUGAUCCGCCCCAAGAUAAACCAAUCUGAAAGAACAGAUAUCGAAAUAAAGAUGUAUUUAUCAAGACUGCUGGGAUUGGAUACACGGGAACAAGUGUUGAAAACAUCGGGAUUUUUCGUCAUAACUUGGACAGAUGAGCUACUAAGAUGGAACCCCAACGAUUAUAGCGGUAUUGUCGAAAUAACUGUUCAACAAAAAGAAAUAUGGUUUCCCGAUUUAUAUGCAUCAAAUUGUAUACAAGGUUAUCAGGAAUUCGGAAGUGAUGAUUUGCGACUUUAUGUUAACAAUUCUGGUACAGUUGAUUGGGAGCCUAGUUUUACAUUAAGUACAAGUUGUGUUGUUGACGUGUCGCUGUUUCCAGUAGAUGUCCAGAUUUGCAACAUAGAUAUUGUGCCCUGGAUGACGACUAAUCAUGAAAUUAACAUAAAAGAUCCGACAUUCGACAAUUCUCUCUUUGAAGUCCCUAAUGGGGAGUUUGCAAUUAUACACACGAAAACGACUCAGACAUGUUAUACAGUAUAUAGCAACCCAAAUUAUGAACUAACUGAAUCCAGAUUUACCCUUACAAUGGCACGACAAUCAACAUUCUACCUUUUAAAUGUGGUUGGGCCUUUCGUGGCUAUCUCAUCCCUGUGCGUAAUUAGUUUUCUUAUUGACUCACAGAGUGGAGAAAAGCUGACUGUGUCCAUAACGGUGUUGCUAUCCCUUACAGUAUUUUUGAGUGUUAUAGAGGACCAGUUACCCAAGACAGCUAACAGUAUUUCCUAUUUUGUGAUUUAUGUGGCAUUGAUGAUUGGGAUGAGCUUUAUCUGUGUACUUUGUAAUGUAGGUACCCUCUACAUUCACAACAAGAACCCAGAAUCCCCAGUACCAACAUGGUUGGGCAUGAAUAUGAUCAAAGAAACUGCUGUUGACAAUUAUAGGGAAAAUUCCAUAACUGAAUCACAUCACAGACAUUCUGUGAAGUCCUCAACAUACAAGAGCACAUCCAGGCGCGAUUGUUGUGACAACCUGAAUGGCGGAUGUAGCUGUAACCACUGGCCAGAAGUUGCCAGAAUGGCCGAUCGAGUAUUCUUAACACUGAUCACUAUUGCCUUAGUUUCUAUUAAUAUCGGAUUUCUUAUAAUACAUAUUAUAUAAUCCCCUAACGUUGCUACAUCUGACGAGGAUAUAUUUAAUAAGAAUCGUUUAAGCAAUACUUUGGCGGACAUUGGCUAUUUAAUACCAGGUGAUGGUUUAAUGGUAGACAACGAUUUCAAGAUUGAACAAUAUCUAACAUAUUGGAAUGCAAUUAAAUAUGAUUUUGGGAAAGCUUGAAAUAAUUUUAAAUCGUGCUACUUCUAUGAGCAGAUAUAUUUUGUCUCGUAUGUUAUCUGAAUCUAUGUAAGUCUAAAAAUUACGCAUUAUUUCGUCUAUGCAAAAAAAUAAAGUCAAAUUACAAAGAAUUUUGUCGCAUCUAUACAAUAAUUUGAGUCGAGCAAGUUUAAUUUCAUGAAAGUAUUAUUUGUUUA